AGCAAUAAAAACUGAAGUGUGUGUGUUUUAACUUAAGAAGCGAAUUGAACUGAAGUUGUAAACGAGAGGGAAAACAAAAAUGGCGACAGAAGAACCAAUGGACUGUGAUUCCUCAAACUACAAACCCUACACACUUUCCCAAACCCUAACCGGCCACAAACGCGCCAUCUCCGCCGUCAAAUUCUCCUCCAACGGCCGUCUCCUCGCCUCCUCCUCCGCCGACAAAACCCUCCGCACUUAUGGCUUCACUAACUCCGAUUCCGAUUCCAACAGCCUCACUCUUUCUCCUAUGCAACAAUACGAAGGCCAUCAGCACGGCGUUUCCGACCUCGCUUUCUCCUCCGAUUCCCGCUACCUUGUCUCCGCCUCCGACGACAAAACCAUCCGUUUAUGGGAUGUUCCUACGGGUUCGCUUGUGAAGACUCUUCACGGUCAUACGAAUUACGUUUUCUGUGUUAAUUUUAAUCCUCAGAGUAAUGUUAUUGUUUCUGGUUCGUUUGAUGAGACUGUUAGGGUUUGGGAUGUUAAGUCUGGGAAGUGUCUUAAGGUUUUACCUGCGCAUUCUGAUCCGGUGACUGCUGUUGAUUUUAACCGCGAUGGGACUCUUAUUGUUUCCAGUAGUUAUGAUGGUCUUUGCAGGAUUUGGGAUGCUUCUACUGGUCAUUGUAUCAAGACUCUUAUUGAUGAUGAGAAUCCUCCUGUUUCGUAUGUCAAGUUUUCGCCUAAUGCUAAGUUUAUUCUUGUUGGUACAUUGGACAAUAAUCUGAGGCUCUGGAACUAUUCUACUGGGAAGUUUCUGAAGACUUACACCGGUCAUGUUAAUUCAAAAUACUGCAUUUCGUCCUCUUUUUCCAUAACAAAUGGGAAGUAUGUUGUUGGUGGUUCGGAAGAUAAUUGUAUAUACUUGUGGGGUCUGCAGUCGAGGAAAAUUGUACAGAAAUUGGAAGGUCAUACUGAUUCUGUUGUAUCUGUCUCAUGUCACCCUACGGAGAACAUGAUUGCUUCAGGUGCACUCGGCAAUGAUAAGACUGUGAAGAUAUGGACUCAACAGAAAGACUGAUUCAAUUUGGAUCUGGGCUAAUGCUCCAAUGAAUUAGUGAAAGUUGAGAUAGCAGAAAGACUGAUUCAAUUUGGAUCUGGGCUAAUGUUCCAGUGCUACAUUUUAGCUCAUUUUGCAGUUUAGGAUUUUUUGUUGAGAAACAUUAUAGCAUUUAUGGUUGAGAUCACUAUUAAUAGCCUACUUAGAUAAUUGCUUCAAGUCUUCAAGAUGGACUUGGUGGAUGAAAAUGUGAAUUCAUGAAAAGAAUGAUAUUUUGUUUGUUUAAAAGUAAAAUAUGUUGGUUUCCUCUGAAAA